GUGCAAUUGGACUUCCCCGUUGGUGGAUCUAAAGCACUUUAUCCUCCAGGUGUUCUGGCGGCACAUGUGAUGGCAGAGCAAAGCCAGCAUCCAGUCAACUCGGAAAACUUCAUGGAAGUAAUUAGAAACCAGGAAUUUCUAUUAUUGCCAGCCACUGAAAUUGCAAAGCUUUUAGCGAGCGAUGACAUGAAUAUUCCUAAUGAAGAAACUAUACUGAAUGCACUACUUACCUGGGUUCGACAUGAUUUGGAACAGAGAAGGAAAGAUCUCAGUAAACUCCUGGCUUACAUUAGACUGCCUCUGCUUGCUCCACAAUUUCUGGCAGAUAUGGAAAAUAAUGCACUCUUUAGGGAUGACAUCGAAUGUCAAAAACUCAUUAUGGAAGCAAUGAAGUACCACUUGUUGCCAGAGAGACGACCUAUGUUGCAAAGUCCCCGCACCAAACCUAGAAAAUCUACAGUGGGCGUGUUGUUUGCAGUUGGAGGAAUGGAUGCGACAAAAGGAGCUACAAGCAUUGAAAAGUAUGAACUUCGUACCAACAUGUGGACUCCUGUUGCAAACAUGAAUGGACGAAGAUUACAGUUUGGAGUUGCAGUCUUGGAUGAUAAAUUGUAUGUGGUUGGUGGCAGAGAUGGACUGAAAACAUUGAAUACUGUGGAGUGCUACAACCCUAGAACUAAAACUUGGAGUGUAAUGCCACCUAUGUCCACUCAUCGGCAUGGUCUUGGAGUAGCUGUAUUGGAAGGUCCCAUGUACGCUGUAGGAGGACAUGAUGGCUGGAGCUACCUGAAUACAGUAGAAAGAUGGGAUCCACAGGCUCGUCAGUGGAACUUUGUAGCUAGUAUGUCAACUCCAAGGAGCACUGUUGGUGUAGCAAUAUUAAAUGGAAAGCUUUAUGCAGUUGGUGGUCGAGAUGGAAGUUCUUGUCUUAAGUCAGUAGAAUGUUUUGAUCCUCAUACUAACAAAUGGACCCUCUGUGCUCAGAUGUCAAAAAGAAGAGGUGGUGUUGGUGUGACCACCUGGAAUGGGUUCUUGUAUGCAAUAGGUGGUCAUGAUGCCCCAGCAUCAAACUUAACAUCCAGGCUGUCAGACUGCGUGGAAAGGUAUGAUCCGAAGACAGAUACGUGGACUGCUGUGGCCUCUAUGAGCAUUAGCAGGGAUGCAGUGGGAGUAUGUCUUCUUGGUGACAAGUUGUAUGCUGUUGGAGGGUAUGACGGCCAAACAUACCUUAAUACAGUGGAAUCUUACGAUCCUCAGACGAAUGAAUGGACACAGGUUGCACCAUUAUGCUUAGGAAGAGCUGGAGCAUGUGUUGUGACUGUAAAACUAUAAAGUAUUUUCUUUAUGAAGGUAA